AUCUUCACAUUAGAAUUGCCCAAGAUGUCUGCUCCUUAAGACGAUAAAAUUACCCCUGGGUGAAAAGAGAAUUAUAAUAAUUGAUUACUGUGAUCGCUUGUGCAUAAGAAAGGUUUCAUAUCCAGUCCAUUAAGAACACAACAAAAGACAGCAUUUAAGCACCAAUGCAAAAAAUGCAGUCAGGUGAACAGGACAUUAGAAUCAAUAAAACUUUGACUGUAAAUAUGAAAGUUGAGCCAGCUGACAACCAUUUUGACCAAAUUGCCAAAGUAGAUACGUCAAAAAGAAAAGCUGCCCUUGAAAACGGAGCUGGAACUUUGGCAGAUGUUAAUUUGAGUUACCAUAUGUCUUCUUACCAAAUCUGUGGAGGAAAUAACACCCAACAGGACAUGGUCAAAUGUCAGAGCUGUGGUCAGAUAUAUCUCCAUGAUGGCAGUGAUGUAUCUGGUGCAGGGACACAGACUGGAGAGAAAUCAUAUAAAUGCCAAUAUUGUAGAAAUACUCUGCCUCACCAGUAUAACAGUGACAAGACAUUAUGUGAAAAAAUAGAUUUUGGAUUGAAUGAAAGCAUUACUCUGGAUACAGGAGCAUGUGCCAACCAAGAGUAUAAAAAACGUGUCUCUACAGCUGUUAAUAAGUUACAUUUAAAACCACAUAUAACGAACAAACCUUAUCAGUGUCAAUACUGUGAGAAAAUCUUUACCCUUAAAAGUAACUGUGUGAAACAUGAAAGAAUCCACACUGGGGAAAGGAGAUUCAAAUGUCGGUACUGUGACAAGACAUUUGUUGAAAAGAGGUCUUGUAUAGGUCAUGAAAUGAACCACACUGGGGAAAAGCCAUUUAAAUGCCAGUAUUGUGAGAAGGCUUUUACUCUAAAAAGCAACUGUAUCCAACAUGAAAAAACUCACACAGGGGAGAAGCCUUUUAAAUGUGAGUAUUGCAGUAAAACCUACACUGCAAAAUAUUCCCUCUUAUUGCACGAAAGAACUCACACUGGAGAAAAACCGUACAAAUGCCAAUAUUGUGACAAGACAUUUGCACAGAAAGUCAUGUGUAUAAACCAUGAAAGGACUCACACUGGAGAGAAACCAUACAAAUGUCAGUACUGUGAGAAAGAGUUCUCUUGGAAAGAUAACUGUGCACGUCAUGAAAUGAUUCACACGGAAAGAGCAACCUAUAAGUGCCAGUAUUGUGAUAAAACAUUUUACGAGAAAAGUUACUGUGUACGCCAUGAAAAGAUUAACCAUGAAGGGACAUACAUUGAAGAGAGACCACACAAAUGUCAGUACUGUGAUAAAACUUUUCCUCGCAAAAAUACCUGCAUGGUACAUGAAAGGAUCCACACUGGAGAAAAACCGUUCAAAUGUCAGUACUGUGUUAAGGCAUUUAACAUCAAAAGUACUUGUGUUAAACAUGAGAGGAUUCACACUGGUGAAAAACCAUUCCAAUGUCAGCACUGUGAAAAAGCAUUUGCUGUUAAACAAAACUGUAAAGAGCAUGAAAAAAACUGUGGCAAAAGUGACAGGCUUCAUUUUGAAAUUCAUAGCUCCCAGGAUGAAUUUAGAGAAAGUUCACCAGUUUCACAAGAGAUGCUACAUGAAUGUCCUGUGAAAUUGGAAUAUAGUGAUGAAAUGCAGUAACAAGCACAAGUACUUACCUACAUGCAUGAACUCAAGUCCUCUUUGAAUACUGGCUAUUAAAACAAAUGACUAGAUAUCAGAUUCAUUUCAUGCCAUAUGUAAGUUUUACCAGGGAGCGAUUCAGCUGUGAGCUAAACGCCAGUGCAAUACAUUUUAAAUGUUCCCUUUUUUCUGUAAAAAGCACUCGGGGGUUUCAGUGGCCCCUGGAAAUGCCCACCCCCACCCCAUUCCCAUGAGUGGCAUGCUGAUUGGUGAGAUUUGGGCACCCAUGGACCUAAGAAACCCAGGGUGAUAAAAAGGGGUUUGAUACUUUCAUUCCCGGAGCUGUUCAUUAAAAUUGCUAAAAUGACUGGCAAGCAAAUUAUAAAA